AUGGAACCAACGGUGACGUUUCGAGCGGUGAGCGCCGACGAGGAAGGCCGGAAGCGAGUGGAGAAGACGGAAGUGCAUACCCAUAACAUCGAUACCCUAAAGCACAUAGAAAAGAAGCUUAUAGACAAAGGCGUACACCGUCUAGACCGCCACCCCAGGGAUGGGAUUCCGAUCGAUAAGCAAUCAAAAGGUGGCCGUGGGGGAAAGUACACGUGGGAUGGUCCCGGAGGAGUGGUGAAUGAUGAACUUGACCCUGCUCCGGCAGCAGUGGACGAGAAGGAUCCAAAUUACGUAAGUGAAGAAGAGGAGGAAAGGGUGGCGAGAGAGGCGGAAGGGGUGGUGAUUGGCGAAGUGGAAGUGGCGAAGGUGGCGGAGCAAGGUGUUGGUAGGGUGGAUGUUGAUCCUAACUUGAAGGUUGACUAG